CAUCCGGCUCCCGCCCAUCCGGGCCAGCGCGGCGGGGCCGGGACGGGCACCAUGGCCGCGCCGGGGGCGGCGGGCGGCGGCAGGAGCGGCGCCGCCGCCGCCGCCGAAUGGGGCGGCUUCGAGGACAACAUGCAGGGUGGCGGCUCCGCCGUCAUCGACAUGGAGAACAUGGACGACACGUCGGGCUCCAGCUUCGAGGACAUGGGGGAGAUGCACCAGCGCAUGAAGGAGGAGGAGGAGGAGGAGGAGGCGGAGGGCGAGGCGGGCGCCGGCGAGGAUGAGGACGGGGAGUUCCUGGGCAUGAAGGGGCUGCGGGGGCAGCUGGGCCGGCAGGUCGCUGACCAGAUGUGGCAGGCGGGGAAGAGACAAGCCUCCAGGGCCUUCAGCCUCUACGCCAACAUCGACAUCCUCCGGCCCUACUUCGAUGUGGAGCCCGUCCAAGUGCGCGCCAGACUGCUGGAGUCCAUGAUUCCUGUGAAGAUGAUUAAUUUCCCUCAGAAGAUUGCAGGCGAGCUGUAUGGACCCCUCAUGCUGGUUUUCACACUGGUGGCCAUUCUUCUGCAUGGAAUGAAGACCUCAGACACCAUCAUUAGGGAAGGCACACUGAUGGGCACAGCCAUUGGCACCUGCUUCGGUUACUGGCUGGGCGUCUCGUCUUUCAUGUAUUUCCUGGCAUAUCUGUGCAAUGCCCAAAUCACAAUGGUGCAGAUGCUGUCACUGUUGGGCUACGGUCUUUUCGGACACUGCAUCACUCUCUUUGUCACCUAUAACAUCCACUUCCACUCCCUCUUCUAUAUCUUCUGGUUGGUUGUUGGUGGACUCUCUACACUACGAAUGGUUGCUGUGUUGGUGUCGCGCACCGUGGGACAUACCCAGCGGCUCAUCCUGUGUGGGACUCUUGCUGCUCUGCAUAUGCUUUUCCUCCUCUAUCUGCACUUUGCUUAUCACAAGGUGGUAGAAGGUAUCCUGGACACGUUGGAAGGACCCAACAUGCCGCCUUUUCAGAGAGUUGCCCGAGACAUUCCAGUAGUUUCCAAUGCCGUACUGAACACAACAGCCAAAGCCAUUGCAUUGACCCUGUAGUUUUACAGACUUGGACUUGCUUCCUUCACUACUUUUGGGGCUGCAUAGGGCCACGGUAACCUGCUGCCUCUUAGGAACAGGACAGAGCAGCAAGAAGACAACUUGGUUUUGUUUUCCUGGAUCUGUCCUCUCCGUUAUGGUUUGGGCAGCUGAGCGGACUCAGCGGAGGUGAGUUGCACCUCAGUGACUCCGAAGAGCUACACUCUUCCCCCAUCCAGGUCUGGGCUGUCUUGAGUAGAGUGGUUCUGUUGCCUGCAUGUUUAGCUGGGAUUUCCCAGCACAGUUUGUUCCUUAGCCCUCUUUCCGCUUGCUGAUGUAACUCCAGGAGUAUCUGCCCUGUUCCUGUCCUGAAGAGGGAAGAAUUAAAUUGAUGUUGGUGCUGA